GUGACGCAAAUAGUGCACAAAACCUGGGAAUCCAAAUGUGUCCGUCGUAAAUUUACACUAAUUUUUUUGCUUAAAAUGCAUUUUAUACAAGCUGUUCGGUAGAUAACGUUAGUUUCAUUACAAAUUCUAAAUAAUUUGAUUAAAUUCUGUGAUAUUUUGAUUUAGCAAUAUUGAAAUGCCGCUGCCAAUCCAGAAGUUUUUCUUCGUCUUCAGCUUAAGGCAAGGGACUAUGUUGAUAGCAGUGGUCCAGUUGCUGCUGUCAGCGAUAGGACUGUUCCUGUUGCUCCUGGGCAGCGCACACGCGCAGGAGAUGGCUGCCAUGCUGGAGGCUGAUAUAGAAGACUCAGCGCAGCGUGAGGGGAUUGUCCUGGCCUCAGAGGACAGCGGAUUGUUUGGCUCCGAGGUCAUGAUAAACUCGUAUAGCCAGAAUGAGAUCAGACUCCACAAGGCUCAACACCUUGCCAUUGUUGUGAUUAUUACAUUGUACACAGGAGUCGCCAUGACAACGGUGCUACUUUUCUCUUGUAUACUGUUGCUGUACGGAGCUAUUAUGCACAUUAGACAGCUGCUGCUGCCGUGGCUGAGCGUUGUACUGCUGGGGUUGGUGUUCUGCUGUACGGCAAUGUUAGUCUCCAUGUUCCUAGCCCAUGGCAGUCGUGCCCUCAUCAUUCUGGUGGUGGGUAGUUUACACUUGGCUCUCGGAUUCUACCUGUGGCUUGUUGUGUACAGUCACUACCAAGAGUUGUGUCAGUAUGAUCAAGUCACCUGCAGCACAUCUCACCACACCCUCAAGCUUGGAUAUCUUCACUUCCCAGAUAGCGUUUAAUUUCUCUCAUUAUAUACAUAUGGGCAAGUUAUGGUCACUAAUGUAAGGUUAAGCCUCACUGUGUGCAUAUAACUACAUCAUAACAGUUCAGAUGAAAGUCUGAAUAUCCUAAGUAAUGAUAAGAGCAAUCUACAGUUUGUUUAGAAUUUUAAUUAAAAUGUAAAUACAUUUUGUUUAAGAAGGGGUCAUAUAAAGAUGCCAUUCUUCCAUUUCAAAAACAAUUUUGUAGGGAAUUGUAUUCUACUACCAAACAAAGAAACAAUUUGUUCUCCUUAAAAUCUUUAGAGGGCUUUUCAAAUAUAUAUAAAUAAAAGCAUAUUUGAGUUAUUUAAAAAAGGCUUGAUAAAAUUUUCUGCAAAGGAAAAAAACUUUGCCCAGAACAUCUCCGUUCUAUUACAUAGUAUCCUCUGCAUCCUCUCAUCCAAUUUUCUAAAUUAAAAUUGCAUCUUGGUGUUGAAAAUGUUAUUCUGAAUACAUUUGUCAAAUAAAUAAUCAAGCAUUGUUUAUUUUGACUUGAUAAAAUAUUUACAUGUUAAAAAUAUUAAUCUUCAUGACAAUAAGCGAGUUUAACUUGUAUCAGUCUAGACUAAUCAUAACAGGGCAAUUCAUACAGUAUCAACACUUGUGAUUAUGAUACUUUCAGUUCAUUACCUCGACUGUUAUGGCAAUGAAUUUUAAUUAAUGAUAAUGAUACUCUUAAAAUAAAUGGGAUAAUAUAAGUGGGAUAUCUAAAAUAUUGGAAAAUCAUGCAUGCAAUAUUCACUAUACACAAAUCUUGACUAUUUCAGAACUUAAUUUUUACUUAAAAAUCCAUACAAAGUUACACCACAUUUUAUAAAUUAUUUUAAUCACCAAGAAAACUGUAUGUGCUAUGAUGCAUUAGACAUUCGCGUAUUAAAAAAAAUACUGAUUUUUUUAGUUAAAAGUAAACAAUUCCAUUUCAACAUUUGACCAUUUUUUCAUGCACUCACAAAGGUGGCAAACACACAAUUUAUUUUAAAUAUGUGACUCUAUGAAAACGUUCAUAUUUGGAGUAAUUUACAUAAGUUAAACCAAUUGGUUAAAAUCACUUAGUUAAAUCAAAGCCUACAAUAAGUUAACAUUUGUGGUGCUUGUCUGACUCAGUGGUACGACGAUGAACUGACAAUAGAUAAGAUUAAAGUUGUUGUAUUUAGGCCUAUAAUUGAUAUUUAUGUAUCUAUUACAGCCUAAUUUUGUCUGUCCUGUUUCAUCUUCCUGCUGUUGUACCCCACACCAAAGCUGUUAUUGUAGUGUAGUUUAUAGCAUUGUUCCGACUUUUUCAAAGCCUGCAAAAUAUGAACACUGUGAUUCUUGUAGAGGCAGGUGGCCCAGCUAGUACAGUACUAGAGACUUCAAUAGUGCAUACAAUCAGAUAACACUGUCCAGCAGUUAAAAUUCUACUGAUUGGUUGCAGCAAGCAAUUAAUUGACAGUAUUGUACAAUUGAUUAACUCUUUUGUAGAUUCAAUUUUUGGGGGACUUAUUGUGGAUGCCACUGUAGAAAACUAUCAGUGCGAGGAAAGGAGAACUUCUAAUAUUAUACUAAAACCUAGAGAUGGGGUGGAUAAUAAAAAGAUCAUUGUAAUUAAUUUUCCAAUGUCAAACAAUUGAUUUGUGUAUGAACUAUAGAAAAUAAUUUUCUAUUCUUGCCUGCUCUUGCAGUAGUGCUAGUAUUGCAACAUUGCACAUGUGAUGGUUUCCUAGGUUAUACUUAUUUGACUCAAUCACAUGUUUUUUUUCACUUUGAAAUGUUUAAAAAUAUGAAUGGUAUCAUGAUUACUAAUCUGAAAAGUUGUGCGAUAAUGAUGGGUGGUUUUGAAAAAGUACUGAUGUUUACCCUUUGAGUAAGAUAAAAGAGAAAUUCCUGUUCUUUAUUUAGUCAUUUAAUAAAUUUCUCUUAGUAGGCUGGGGAAAUUUUCAUACAUAUCUUCUCGAACUUCACAUCCAUCUCGUCCUCCCUGAAUGCUGUUAUUUAACAACCUCUAUAGUGUGUAUGGCAAAUUUGUGCAUUUUGAUGGCCACACCUUGGUGGAUAUUUGGCCAGAACCAGAUUACUCAGGAGUAAAGGGGAGCUAAAAUGUUAUAUAUAAAAUAGAUAUUGCUACAUACCAAUCAUACUGGGGAAUAUUUGUACAGAUCAUAGGAGGAAGAUUGUCAUAGAAGUAAGAUUUGUACAGGUCACCAUUGGAAUAACUGAAACAGUUAAAAAAAAACUUUGCUCAAUGUGACAUCAGUAACAUUAGUAGUAACAUUACAUAAAGUAACAUUGCUGCCUUGUAUGGGAAACUGUGAAUACUGUGCACUUGUUUGUCUAUUUUCUUUCGCUUACUCGACGAUAAAUUAAAGUCUACGCAAAAUUCAGCUGAUAUAAAAGUAAUGUAAUUCUCUCUCAGGCAUUAAAUAGGACUUCUGUGAGGUAGUAUUAUCUAUUCUAAUUCGUCAUUUAAUUAAGCCAGAACAGAAACAUUUAUGUCCUCAUGGAAUAAAGAAAGACAUGUUUCCCUCAGCGUCCUGCUCUUUGCAUAAAAGCAUUUGAUUUUACGUGUCCAAAAUAAUGCUAUAUUAUAACUUUAUUUAAGAUUGUGCUGGUAUUAAACAUAAAACCAAAAACCAUAUUUUUAUGAGUAUGUAGUGUGAAUGAAUCUUCACUAUUCUGUGUUAUUAAGACUAUUCAAGUUGUCCUCACAUUAUUAGUGUAAAAGCCAAGAACAAAUGUGCACUGAAGAAACACAGAACCAGGUUUUUCUAUAAAUCGAUACAAGGAAAAUUUUUAGAUAAAGAAUUUAUUUGUAGCCACAUGGAUGUAAAAAUGAGAGAGUAUCUAAAGGUUUUAAAAUAUGAAAUUUUUCCUGAAGGAAACAGGAUUUUUCCGAACAUUGGCCAUCGUUCAGUGAAACAAAAA